AGCCUACAUGUGGGACAUCCAUACCCCUCCAUACCCCAUCCAUCCAUGCUCCUAUUUCCUUCGUCCACAUCUCAGGUCCGAAAUUAUGAUCCGAACCGUUUAAAUCGUAAGACAUACAUAAAGUACAAGUCUCCAGAAUAUCUAUAUGAUCUGACAUCGAUAGAUGCAUGAACACGUUGCAGAUUGUUAUGCAAAUUUAAUGGUAAAUAUACUCUACGGUUUAUCCUUAAAAUUUAUGGGCAAAGUUUAACUUAUUCCAACACGUACACAUACACAUAUAUAUCUCAGAUAUCUGAUCAUUCCGGUGUUCCGUAGUCUUGUAGUUUUUUGCAAGUUCUACGAGAUGGACAAUUCUGAUCAUACUUUUGGAUCCGAGAUGUGGAUGCAUAUUGAAAGCAUAGAGGAGGGUACGGAGGGAUGAGGUAUGGGGAGGAGCUCAUCCCCCCACAUGCAUAUCCAUGGACGAAAACUUGGUUUUGGUUUAUUAUAAUCUUUAAAAAUCUAGUGAAGAAAUAUGUGACAUCUUCUUUUGACAAGAGUUCAACAAUUUUUAGGUGGAUUUCUCCCUCAUUAUAUACUGUCGUCUCAUGGGUUCCAUGUGAUAUGUCUUUCCUUAUUCCAGACUUCCAGUAUUCUUUUUCUUUUCUUCAAACAUAGAACAUAGAAAACAGCUCUCAGAAAUACUACCAUGGAAGGGGUUGAAGCAGAAAUUGUGAUUGUUGGAGCUGGGAUUGCUGGACUCACCACAUCCUUAGGACUUCACAGGUUAGGAAUCCGGAGCUUGGUACUGGAGUCAUCAGAGAGUUUGAGAGUGACUGGAUUUGCAAUCGCAACAUGGACAAACGCUUGGAGAGCAUUGGAUGAAAUCGGCCUCGGCGACUCUCUCCGCCAACAACAUCACCAACUCUAUGGGAUAGUGGCUGCAUCUACGAUUUCGGGGCUUCCCACUUCAGAAAUAUCAUUUACGACCAAAGCGAGCCGUGGACACCACGAAGUUCGAUGCGUAAGAAGGAAGGUGUUACUGGAAGCCCUUCAGAAGGAGCUUCCCAGUGGCACCAUAAGGUUCUCAUCCAAAGUGGUUUCUAUUCAAGAGGAGGAAUCAGGAGGUUGCUUUAAGCUGGUCCAUCUUGCCAAUGGUUCCGUAGUAAAAGCCAAGGUGCUGAUUGGGUGUGAUGGGGUGAAUUCAGUGGUGUCAAAGUGGUUGGGCUUCAAGAAACCGACUUUCGUGGGCCGAUCCGCCAUUAGGGGGUUUGCAGAUUUCAAAGGCAGCCACGGGUUUGAGCCCAAAUUCCUGCAGUUCUUCGGAAAGGGCGUGCGAUCCGGUUUCAUCCCUUGUAAUGAAGACACUGUGUUUUGGUUUUUCACGUUCACUCCCUCCACUAAAGACAAAGAGGUGGAGGAAAACCCAGCUCAGAUGAAAGAAUUUGUACUUAGCAACCUUGGCAAAGUACCAGACAAAGUAAAAGCUGCUGUGGAGAUCACUGAACUCCACAAUAUUGCUUGUUCUCCGUUAGGCUUCAGACGUCCGUGGGAGCUUUUCUGGGCAAAUACAAGCAAAGGCAAUGUCUGUGUCGCGGGCGACGCGCUCCACCCGAUGACACCAGACAUCGGGCAGGGCGGGUGCGCUGCACUGGAAGACAGUGUCGUUCUGGCUAGGUGUUUAGCAGAGGCCUUGAAGGAAAAGCUGAGCGGCGGAACGGAAGAGGGAGUUGGGAAAGAGGACAAGAGGAUUGAGAAAGGGUUGAAGUUGUUUGCUAGAGAGAGGAGGUGGAGAGGGUUUGUGCUCAUCAGUGCUGCUUAUAUGAUGGGUUCUGUACAACAGAGUAGUGGGGUUGUGGUGAAUUUCUUGAGGGAUAAAGUGUUGGCUACUUUUCUGGCUGGAAUGUUGUUGAAGAUGGCUGAUUUUGAUUGUGGCAAGCUGAGUGUUUCUUGAAGUUGAACCAAUCAGCACUUGUGUGUCUUUGUUUUUUUGCACAACUUUUUGGGCAUUCAAUUGGAGACUUUAGUACUUCUUUUUGGAUCUUCUUGCAAUGAAAUUUGACCAAAUUUAGUGACAAAA